CAAUUCACCCUUUAAUCCAACGUACACAAACACAACCUUUUAUGUUGACUUUUCUUCUCGAAUCAUCUUCUUCUUUAGACUUUCAUCGCCACUGUUGCUUUCUUCUUUGCAGCCUCAAUUGAGGAGCUCAAUCUCAACACCCAGACGUAGCGUUCCUCACCGGACGUGAACUGGGUGACCAAAGUUUCGUGUGCUCUGUUUUCGUUUUACUCUUUUACAUUUUUUUUUCUCUGCUUUAAACGCUUCUUGCAACUUUCUUUUGCAACCUCAAACUCUUGCAAACAAAGUUCAGAGGUGUUCCAACUCUCAGUUUCUCGAACGUUCCUUCGCAUCUCAUUCGCAAAUCCUUCUCCUAAGCUGAAACAAGAGAAUGGUGAAUUGUCCAUUGUGCGGUCAACAGUCACAGAUUCAUCCACAACAUGGGAGCGUCUAUUAUGCACCUUGUGUAGUCUGUAACGAGACCUACUGUGCUAUGUGCGGUGCAUUUCCAGAUCAUUUUCCUGCUUGGUGUGCUGACAACACUCAGUGGACUCAACAUUAUAUCAACCGGACUAACGAAGUCAAUGAGGUCUUGAAUGCUAUCACAGAUUUGAAUCAACGAAGAUUAGAUAUGCUUGAUUACAGGGAGAUCAUUGGCCAUUUCCUAUAUGAUCAUCACCCACAUAUUUUAUAUGCUGUUGAUGAGAUGAGAAGGAUCUUGCGCAUUUUGGCCAUGACUCGUGUCAUCGCUUUUAUCAAUCCGGGUCUAGCACUUCUAAACAGUGUGGAGUACACAAAUCUGGUGGAUCACUUUAACGCAUUACAUGCCCAGCUUGAUCUCAACAUUGCUAAAAAUGGAGCUUUUAACUUGGCUAGUACGAGGUGGCUUGCAGCUGGUUCUGUUAUCCAACUCAUAGGUCAGUUGCAGUUAAGACCCGUGGCUGAAUUUCAUCAUGCAGUAGACGUUCCUCAACUUCCUGGAGGGAUUGUUAAUUUCAGCCGAAACCUGACCAGACUUGUGAAGAUGUGGACUCUCUUAGCUCUUAGACGUAUGUAACAGGAAGUCUUGUUACUAAUUCACGUGGUUAAGUAUUUUUGGUUUAGUAAUUUCAAUUUCACUUAUGUAAACCGGUUUACUUGUUUGAACCGUGAGUUUGUGUCUUCGACA